GACCCAAAAGCCUCCUUGGCUUGACGUUUUGCGAAUCCACAUGGUCCAGAAGAGGCGAGUUUUUGAGGCAGAACUCGGGGGUGGUGGUGGCGGCGGCAGCAACAGCAGCCUUGAGACCCCGGGCUUGAACUAACCCUGGGAAAGAGCAAAAAAAAAAAAAAAGGAGGCUAGGAGGCAGACAAGGAGAAGCAGAGGGAGGGAGGGGGGAGAUUGGGGCAGGAAGUCGGAGGCAACACUAUCCAACCCCAAAGAGACCAGGCAAAGACAUUGCAAUACACAACCUCGAGGAGCAUGGUUUCAAACCCGAGCCAAUAACGCGCUUCCGAUGCGGGGCUGAUUGAGUCACCUUGGAGCAGGAAGCCGGCACUUUUCUCCCGCUUUUAAUUAUACAGGAGGCGAAGAUUGCCCUCGAUUUCAAAAACUACAGGAAGCAGAGCAAAAGAGAGAGACAGAGAAGAGGGAGGCAAGGAAGGGAAGGAAGCCGGGCAUUAGUUCUAGGCUUGGGGAUAUGUUUGUUCUGGAUUGUCUCUAAAGGGGAAGGCGAGGAGCAGAUUGAAGGGCUCUCGAAGUCGCCAAAGGAGAGAAGGGGAGCCAAGGCUGAGCCUGGGCUUCCAGACUCCGAAGAGAAGGGAAGGAAAAGGAGGCGAGGCGGGCCCGGCGAGGGGCGCCUCCUCGGACCAUGUACCAGGACUUCCCCGGCAGCUUCGACACCUCCUCCCGGGGCAGCAGCGGGUCGCCAGGCCAUCCGGACGCCUAUCCCGGCCUCGCCACGCAACAGAAAUUCCGGGUAGAUAUGCCAGGAUCGAGCAGCACUUUUAUACCUACUUUGAACGCCAUCACUACCAGCCAAGAUUUACAGUGGAUGGUUCAGCCCACUGUGAUCACCUCCAUGCCAAGUGCCUACUCUCGUUCACAUCCCUACAGCCAUGCGCUGCCCAAUCUGUCUUCAGUUACUGGACACACAGCCCUUCAGAGACCUGGUGUCAUUAAAACCAUUGGGACUACAGUGGGCAGGAGGAGAAGAGAUGAGCAGGUAGCUAUACUGUUGUCACCUGAAGAAGAAGAGAAGAGAAGAAUUAGGAGAGAGAGGAACAAACUAGCAGCUGCGAAAUGCCGGAACAGACGCCGAGAGCUGACGGAGAAACUCCAGGCUGAAACUGAGGAGCUGGAGGAAGAGAAGUCUAUUUUGCAGAAGGAAAUUGCUGAACUGGAGAAAGAGAAGGAGAAACUGAAAUUCAUGCUAAUGGCUCACACCCCCAUGUGCAAGAUCAGCCCAGAUGAAUGCCGAACUCCACCCCCUCACAACCUCCAGACCAUUCGAACUGGUAUGAGUGGUGCCGUUGUGGUGAAGCAGGAACCUGUUGAAGAAGAGAUCCCCUCUUCCUCUUCUGACCUUGAAAAGGGUCAACGAUCUGUCAUCAAACCCAUCAGCAUUGUAGGGGGAUUUUAUGGAGAAGAACCUCUCAACACUCCAAUUGUGGUGACCUCUACACCAGCCAUCACCCCUGGAACAUCCAACUUGGUUUUCACCUACCCAACCGUGCUGGACCAGGAGUCGCCCCUCUCCCCUUCGGAGUCUUGCUCCAAAGCUCACCGGAGGAGCAGCAGCAGUGGAGACCAGUCCUCAGAUUCCUUGAACUCUCCAACUCUGCUGGCACUGUAACACCUUUGCCGCUGCCCCACCCAAAUAGUUACUCUAGGGGGAAACCCCAUUUCUGCAAUCAAAUGCCAGAAAAAUGGCACUGAAGCACAAGGGCAGCAAGGGCAAGAUGUGGAAAUGAUGUCACUCCAGGUACUUCCAGUGAUAGGAAGUGCCAGAACAAAUGCAAGCCAUAUCAAGGUGGGGUGGGGGAGCAGAAGAUGCAGUGCUGGGACUCAAAUGUUUAGACUGUGUAGUUGCGGGGAAAUCCCUCCUUCACACUUUAGUGCAAAUGGAUGUGAGCAUCACUUAAUUGCUAGCCAUUCUCUUGUUUUUCUGAGAAAUGGACUGGUUUAACCAGGUUCCCUUCUGUGCUCAGUAGUACAUUCCAGUUAGUCAAUCUUAUGUGGGCCUUAACCUGUUCUGUUGAGUACCAUGACAUUUCGAAAACUCUAAAGGCUUGUGGCUAUUGUUGUUAAACUUCUGCUGAUGUUGGGAUUCCUCCAAUAGGAAUUAUUGCUCUUUCGGGAUGACAUUGGGGAGAUGGUGGCAAAGCUGAGAGGAGUAAAUAAUAAGCCCAAAUUGUUGCUUUAAAAAUUACUUUUCCAACACCUUCAUGGGACUGUGAUGAUGUGGAAGCAAACAAACCUGAAGGUGCUGUGUAUUUUGUUGGCAAAAGAAGGAGAUGGAGUGUGGAGAUUAGCGUAUUAUUUAUCGGUGCAUUGCAAAGGCCUCUGAGCGUAGGCCAGGAGUAGAGCCAAGGGAGCUGGGGACAUGCCAGCAUGACUCUGCCUUUGUCUCUGGAACAGUUUCUCUUGUAAUUAGUGUUUGUCAAGUCUUUUGCUGGACCCUAUGUUUCCUUUCUCGUUGGCUGCCAGCCAUCUUGGGUGUGAUACAUCCUCCUCAUACGCAAGCCUGACUCAGAUGCUGGUGCCAUUUCUUCUUGAACAAAGCCAUUGAGUCCUAGAUCUGUAGACCGUAGCACUGUCGCAGUACUGCCAUUCUUUGCUUGUGACUGAUCCAGGAAAGAGGUUUGCUGGAGUGGAAGCACAGAAAGCUAGCGGGGAGCUCUCUUGGAGAAUUUCCCUACCCUAUUUUUCGAUGUGUUUUACUCAUCAGUUCCCUGCCAAAGGUGUGUAUGUGAGAAAGAGAGAGAGAGAGGGGUGGGGGGAGGGAGGGUAGGAUAAAUGUUUAUUUGUCUCUUCUCUAGUCCUGGAGAAAAAUAAAGAAAAAUACAUCCAGUCUUGAUCUUCUGCUGCACUUAGUUCUACGUCCACUUGAGUCUGGCUGCAUUCACUACUGAAACGGGCAGUGUGUGUCACUUUGUGUAUCUCCUCUGAUGCCAAGGUGAAAUCCUGUAGAGGACAUUUUUACUUAAUGUGCAGCUGUUUCUUUCGGCAGAAAGGCUUACAGAUGGAUAUGGCUUAACAGGUCCUCAUUUGGUAGAUUGUAGCUUUGUUUAAAACUGUUCUUGUAGAAUAUCUUAUUUAUCCCAAGCCAACUAAGAUUCCAGUGCAAAUGUAUUUGUGUUUGCAGGGUUCUGCUAUCAUGUUUGCUUCAUCUGACUGACCUGUGGGUGUGUUUGGCCAAAUGAUGUCAUUCUUGGAGAUAGCUUUCUGAACUGGGACAGCAUCUUCAAGAGAUGUUGUCUCAACCAGGGAGCAUUGCUGACUCUCUUGAAGCUUCUCUUUAACAACUGGGGGACAUUUGCUGAGAAUUUUCAAUGAAAUCAGUGAUCAAUUUUCCAUUGAUAUGUUGAUUUCUUUUUGAUGCAUCUGGAUUACAGCCAUAGUUUCACGCCAGCUGCUUUUACAUUCAGGUGUGAAGAGAAUACAAUUCUAGGCUUUCUGAUUUCCUUUUAAAAAUUAUAAUAAUUUAAUGAUUAUUUGUUGCAGUGAGGAAAGCCGUAUUAUUUGAUCUGAAUGCGGCAGAUUUUUAGUCUGCCCGUAAAUUUGUAUUAUUUAUUGUUUCCUAUGCUGGCCAUAGUGAGGAGAAAAAAGCAAUGCAGAGCACUGAACCCUACCUCUGGCAGUUGACCUUAAGGCACCGCUGGGCCUUGAAAAAGUUCACUAGGCAUUGUCUACAAAUUUUCAAGCUUCAUCUCGCAGCAAUAAGAGCCAGCAAUUUACUUGAUUGGAAAAAGAGAGAGAGCAAAUAGGAACUGCGAUCUUUCUGAUACCAAACUCUGUACUUCAGUAAUCUAAAAUUUUAACAAAGGAAAAACAGAAAUCAGGCUGUAACUCUUGUUUCUUCAGUCCUAGUUUUAAAUGCAAAUGCUCUCAAGUAAAGUGUUCUUUUCAAGAUACCAGACUCUGGGCCUUUUUCUUUUCUGUAUUUCUAACCAUAUAUGCCAUCAUUGUGUUCUUCUAAACUCCUGUCAUUUAGUAUCUCAUGGAGACUUCUUCUCACAGUAGGACGGGUGGAAAAAUGUAACUUCUUAUUACAGUAGGUGUAAAAAUAUUAUAGCAGUUGGAAAAGUAGCAGAGUUUUGACUAAAGUCUCCUGAUGUACUUUGUGAAGUAUUUCUCACCUGAGUGGGUUAAAAAUAUAUCUUCCUAAAUUCACACAUUCUCUCAGCCCAUAUGUUUGUACACUGGCUCAGUAGAAAUGCUUAAAGCAGCUCAGGUACCCACUCUGUUGUGCUUGUAAGUGAAAAAAAAAACAGUUGGCAAAAGCAGAAUGCCUUUCAGUCAACCGUCUUAUCUAUGGAUUAUGUAUCCACAGAUUCAGUUAACCACAGUUUGGAUUUUUUUUAAUCCAAAAAAGUAAAUGUUGAUUUUGCUGCCAAAUACAACGCUUAUGUGCAGCUGUAGCCUCCUGCCAUCUCACCAAUUCUCAGGCUCUGUCUGACACUUGUUUGAGUUGUUCAUCAUUUUUUGUAAAAGGUGCCAUUUUACUGCAUCAUUGCAUAUAAAGGGACAUGACUAUCCAUGGACUUUGAUAUCCACAGGGAGUCCUGGAACCAGUUGACAUACCUGCUCAGUGGAGGAAACCCACUGGCUGAACUUGGGCAAGUCACACUUUUUUGGCCUGAGAGGAAGGCAAUAGCCAAUCUCCUCUGAAGGAGCCCUGCUGAGAAAACCCUAGAUAUAGGGUUGCCAUAAAUCAAGAGCUGGCCUGGAGGCACAUAACAGCAGCAAUUUACUCAGUGGCAGCAGAAGGAAGAAACUUGAAGAAGCAGGGUUUAGGACUUGAUUGUCCUGAAGCAAAUAAGGCAGGUCAGUUUUGUGAAAGAGUUCCAUUGUAAGAAGAUCCAGAGCUUAUCUGGAGAGCGAGCUCUGGGAUAGUAAACAGAAGCAGUUAACAAGUGCUGUUUCUAGACAUCCAGGCUUUUUGUAUAGAGAACUCUUUAGGCAAUUUUCACUAAGCAUGAGUUCUUAUUUUACACCAAGAUGGUCCACAUAUUCCACUGAAUUAAGGCUCGUUGGGCUUAGCAGCUGUUGCUUCCCUUCCCAAUUUUCUGAAAGGUGAUCACUUUCCUUACUGCUUUAAAUAUAAUUUUAAGCCACCAUGUUUCUGGAGUGCCUUGGUGGUAGAUAUUGCCCGUCCAUGCCUUACAAUUGGUUUUCAUUUUUCAGAAUCGUAGCAGUUAUGCAUAUCUUCUAGUCUCCUUUUCAUAUGUAAAAUGUACACAUGAAAGGACAUGUGGCACUUCUCCGCGGCUUUUAAGACCACUUGUUGCAAUGUAAUGCUUUCCCUUGCUGUUGAUCCUGUGUGAUGAUGGGGAGAGAUUUGAGGAUUGAGGUUUUGCAGAGGAACCUGCAGGUGGUAUCCCAGAAGAAUUACUUUAGUCAAGAGCAUUUCAGAAGUGCAGCUGGAAGGAUUGAAUUUCAGCUGUGGCUUGUGGCGAUAUUCCAACCACGGAAAACCAUGGCAGAACAUGGUGGGUUUCCAUGUCCCAGUGACAGCUCUCAUGUGAGACUGGAAGAGAAAAACUUUGUAGAUAAGUCAACGAUGAAGCUCAUUAUAAAUCCAGGAACCUCUAUCAAAACUGUAUUCACUACAUCUCUGAUUCAGCACUCUGGCUGCCAUGCUUUCACCUUAAGCCCCUUUAUACAUGUCUUGAGUAGUUGCUACGUCUUGUGAUAUUUUGAAGAAAACUUAGCAACCUUUCUCAAAGGAAAAGCAACUUGUCUCUAACACUAAUUCACUGCCUAGUUUGUUUUAAAAAUACACUUGCUUCCCAUCCAUUCCAGCUUCAAAUGUUUGUACUUGAUUGUUUUGUUUGGUAUAGAGCCCCAUCCAACAAGCACUAUGGCUACAAGACCUCUGUUCAUUUCAAAAUAUUUUGCCUUAGCCCUGGUGUGCCACAUAUAGAAGACAGUCCCAGGCUUUUAAGGAUUGAGCCCUUUGGCCCGCAGUGUCUCCGUGACACUAUAGGACCUGGGGGGUCAUCAUAUUGUUAUCAGGCUUCAUUCAGUUUGUAAUAUUUUUAUUUAAUUGAUCUAAUAAUAAUUUCAUUUGAACCUAGCAAUGACCUAUUUUGUAUUCCACCUAGCCUUAAUCUUUAAAAAAAAGAUCCCAUGUAUAUUUUGUUAUUUAUGUAAUGUUUACAUCUUUUUCUCUGGCUCAGAUCUGGAUUUGAAAAAGACCUUUUUUCCUGCUGAUUUUAAAAUGUUGAUUUUCUUUCUUUUGCAUAAUAGUUACUAUUGGGUUUGGGUUUAUGGAUUCUCUCCUCCUUUGUGUAAUUUUUUUUUGCUUCAGCUUUCAGUUCUUUUUGCUUGUGUGGAUUAUCUUUUGUUUAAGCCAUAGGGAUUUCUGGAUGAAGGGUGGCUACUCGGUGGUAGAGCGUGGAUCCUAGCUUUGAGCCUAGCCCAAGUUAGGCUGGUGAGGAUCCCAUUUGAAAUCUUAAAGAGCUGUGUAGACAUUUGUCAUGCCAGGUUUUUCAUUGUUGUAGUCGAGCUUAUACUGAGGGCACCAAAUUGGGAAAAGCUAUGUAGACUGAAUUGAGCUAAAUGGACCAAUGAUCUGACUCAAUAUAAGGCAUGGUCCUCAGCUUUCACCUACAGAAUAUGACUGUGUUCAUGAUCAUAUCAGUGCUCCAUGUAGGUGAUUAACUGUAUUGAUGGAUCCUAGUGGAUGUUUUUUUCUUGUGCAUUUCAUUGGAUCACAACUUUGCUGUUAAGUACAAGAAAAGUUGAUGUGACUUUGCUGUGAAGUUGAUUCUGAUGCAAUGUAACCAUGCUCAGAAACCCAGAUAAAAGACCAUUCCUGCCCACUGUCUUAAUGCACACCAUGAUUUGUGCGUAUGGCUUACUUAAAUGAGAAAAAACACAUGCCAGCAGAAUGAAAAAGCUGCAAGAGCUAACUGCAGAUGAUCAGGCACCUUUACAUGUUCUGGAAAUAAGAGGCAAAAGAAAACAAAAGCAUUUAUGCAAGAGGAACAAGGUAAAGCAGAACCAUUCAAUCUGAUUGGAAAUUCAGAGGUAGAGAAAUCCAGAAACACCUUUAUGGGGAGGGGGAUAUGUCUGUAUAAAAUGUAUAAAGAGAUAUCUUGUUUCUAAAGAUGCAUUAUCCAUCUUCUGCAGUAGAUAGUGCCAAAAGAACACUCUCAAUCCAAGAGAUGAAUCAGAACUUUUUGUUAAUGUCAUAUGAAAUGGUUAUCCUUCCUUCCCACUCUGUAUAAUUAAAAGGUUGAUCAACUUGCUUUUUUUGGUUGCUGUUUGAUGGGGAAAAUAAUGAAAUUUUGUGUAGAAAAUAGACAUCAGAUUUGUCUUUACUCAGUGAGCGGAUCAAGUGUUGUGUGUAUGUUUGUAUAAGGAGAUUCUACUGUGUAGUUCCAAGUGACAUUGGUAAGAGAUAGUGCAUCUUUAUUAGCACAAUAGUUGAAUAGUGUAAAGUGGAAGAAUGCUUUAAGAUUCCUAAAAACAAAAGGACCCUACUUCAAUUCUGUUUACGUGACAGUGAUCUUUCUUAAAUGCACUCACAUUAGCUGUAGGUGUGUCAAGAAAAACUUAGAUCUAAUUUUUUCCACAACAAUCUGUGUAGAUCUAUAUAGAAAUUAUAUUUUUCUUUCACACAUCAAAAUUUUCUUUCUUUUUUAUCCCCUUAACCUUGAAUGAAAUAAUUCUACAAAACACUGAAUUGGAAACCUACUUCUGAUUUCUCACACAGAUCUUCCGGUGAUGGAGAAGCGUGGCUGAGUUGUCAUCUUCUCAUUUUUUCUUUGUAAAACAGACCUAUGAUAUUUGCACUAAAAACAAAGAUGACAUAAAUAAUUCUGUGGAAGUUGGUUAGAGGAAGACUGCUGCUACAAAAGAAGUUGAGAUAACUAAAAUAAUACACUUUUUAAUGGAAUAGCGCCAUUUUGUAAAACAACAUCAAUCUAGAUUGAAAAUAUGAAGGUUUUAUAUAUGUGUGUGUAUGUAUAAAAUUAUAAUUAUUUUUUACUUCCUCUCGCCCUUCAUUUCCUCAUUCCAUCUGAUGUCAUUCCAUGCUUUGUCAUUGCUCCUUUUGUAACUAUGAAUGUGUUAUCUGCCCUCCCUUCCAUUCCCAAAUUCAGAUACUUGUAAAUUAUGCUUUCAUGGCACUGCGGACACCUUUUUUGUAUAGUGAGAACUAACUGGAGUUCUUUUUUCUCUUCAGUGGAAGUCAUUAAAAAAUUAUUUGUUA